GCUGGGGGAGUGCGCUGUGUUCUCUCGAGUCUUGUUCAGCCAUGUUGGAUUUUUCUGCUUUUCACCAACGAUGAGCGCGGAGCCAUGGCCUUGUCAUUGAGUGGAGACGAUGAGGAAUAUGAUUCAGAGUCCGAACAGCAGCGUGCAGCCAAUCGUCCGAAGCCCAAGAUGGCAACACCUUCGGCUGUUAAACUACCAUCCAGUCGUAGCUCGUCGGGAGCCAGACGGAGAAGAACACGUUGCCGAAAGUGCGAGGCGUGCAUGCGAACAGAGUGUGGAGAGUGUCAUUUUUGCAAGGACAUGAAGAAGUUUGGUGGUCCAGGCCGCAUGAAACAGUCCUGCAUUAUGAGACAGUGCAUAGCACCUGUUUUGCCCCACACAGCAGUAUGCGUGGUCUGUAAGGAGGCUGGCAAAGAGGAUACACUGGAGGAAGAGGAAGACAAAUUCAAUUUCAUGUUAAUGGAAUGUUCUAUCUGCAAUGAAAUUGUCCAUCCCAACUGCCUCAAGGUGAGCGAUGCCUCUGGCGUGGUGAACGACGAGCUCCCAAAUUGCUGGGAAUGCCCUAAGUGCAACCAUGCUGGAAAGAGUGGAAAAGUAUUAAAGCAAAAAAGGGGUCCAGGGUUCAAGUACGCCUCCAACCUCCCUGGCUCUCUGCUGAGGGAACAGAAACCUAUGAAGGAGGAGGGGGACAUGUCGUCUUCACUCAAGAGAAGACCCGACAGAGAGGAGACACCCAGGCAUCGACCUGAGGAGCCUCUACACCGGCAGCCGCCCCUGUUGUCCCUGAACAGCGUUCCCCGCCCUCGACUCGAGGAUAAGCUGAGGAAGAAGAGGAAGCUCUUUGAUGAAGAGGAGGAAGAUGAUUUCAGAGGAAGGAUGAAGGUUGGUGUCAGAGAGUCCCUACUUCCGAUACAGGGAAUGUUGGGCCUUGCCAGUGAGAGGUCAGAAGACCCUUGUUUCUCAAAAAUCCUGCAGCAAAUUAAGAUGGAAGAAGAAGAUGCGUUUGAGGACGACGACGAAGAUGGAAGGGAACUUUUCCGGGGUUUUGUAGAGCGAAAUGGGCGUUUGGGCGGUGCUGAGGACUUGACAGAUGACAGAGACUAUAAAAAUGAUCUUUUGAAUUCUUCCCUCAAAUUGCCCACUGUGGACAGUGACCACUCCCACUGCAGCUCUCCACAAGCCGGCCCAAGCAGCGAAGGCGGGAGCGAGACCCAGGAAAAAGGCCCUCGUCCCAAAGCUCGGCGCAAAAGGCGUUUACCCAACAGGGAGUUGAGCAGAGAACUGAGCAAAGCACUAAACCAGGAAAUUCAGAAGACCGAAGACUGCCUGGCCAAUGAGAACCGCCAGCCUCUGAAGGUGGAGCCGGAGUCUGAAAAUGAAGAACCCAAGAGGUUGUUCCGGAAUAGCAAUGACCUCGGCGAGCAGAGGUCCCACCUUAAGACCAAGGAGAUGAAUGGCACCCCCUGGGAACUGCGCCACUUCUACCCGAGUCAGAUCACGCCGCUGGGCUUCAACCGGAGCACGCCGACCACCCGACCGGUGCCUCCGCGCUCGCCACCCAAGUGUGUCCAAAUGGAACGCCACGUUAUCCGGCCCCCGCCAAUAAGCCCACCUCCUGAUAGACUGCCUCUGAAAGAUGGCAAAAUGCAUGUCCUCCAGCGUGAGGUCUGGAUGACCAUAUUCAACAACCUCACACAUCAGGAGCUCUGCUGUUGCAUGAGAGUGUCCAAGACAUGGAACAGAUGGUGCUGCGAUAAAAGGCUGUGGACAAAGAUCGAUCUGAACCGCUGCACGUCCAUCACGCCACUCAUGCUCAGCGGGAUCAUUCGGCGACAGCCACUCUCCCUGGAUCUCAGCUGGACCAACAUUUCCAAGAAACAAUUAAGCUGGCUAAUUAACAGAUUGCCAGGUCUGCGGGUGUUGAAGUUAUCCGGGUGUUCGUGGGCUGCUGUAUCUGCGCUCUGCACCUCCAGCUGCCCACUACUCCGAACACUGGACGUCCAGUGGGUGGAGGGGCUCAAGGACGCACAGAUGAGGGAUCUCCUCUCACCUCCCACAGACAACAGGCCAGGUCAGCUAGAUAACCGCUGCAAAUUGCGGAACGUGGAGGAUCUGCGUCUGGCAGGCCUGGAUAUCACCGAUGCAUCUCUCCGCCUCAUCAUUCGCCAGAUGCCUCAGCUUUCCCGGCUGGACCUGAGCUACUGUAACCACGUCAACGACCAGUCAGUCAACCUGCUGACAGCAGCCGGGACCACCACUCGAGACUCACUCACAGAAAUCAACCUGUCAGUUUGUAACCGGGUCACAGAUCAUUCCCUGAACUUUUUCAAGCGUUGUGGAAGCAUCUGCCAGAUUGACCUUCGCUUCUGCAAGCAGGUGACCAAGGUGGGCUGCGAGAGGUUCAUCGCCGAAAUGUCCGUGAGCGUCCCGUUUAGACUGAAGGAGGAUAAACUGCUGCAGAAGACCAGCUAGUUCGCAAUAAUCAAAUGGAUCGAAUGACAAUUUGCACUUAUUGGCACGUUUUUCUUUUUAUACUUGGCCUGCAGUAGAUCUCUGAAAUUAUGUCACAAUUAGAGGAAUCAACAAGAUUGAGAUGGACCAGUGCAAGACGGAAAGAACUAGCAUGCAUUUGUGUUGAGAUUGUAUUUCUAUAUAUAAAAAAAAUGUGCUUGUAACUGACUGUUCAGUUGUUUUGAUUUUCUUCCUUAAAUAUUUGAAAGCAGUAUUUUUAUACAAACGCAAGUUUACUAUAUGUCCACUCUUGCUUGGGCGCUCAUUUUCUGAGGAAGGCAACCUAUGUCAAGCCAGCCUUUUCGUCGUACUCUGGCCCAAAAAUUUAUUUGACAUGGGGACAUAUAUAAAUCACUUGUAACAUAACAUGCACCGUAUAUACUUAAAAACAAAACAUUACGUUAUGGUAUAGUUCCAGGACAUCUAGGAUGUAUUUCAAUAAUGGAGUUAACAAAUGUCACGCUUCACAAGUCUUUUUUUUUUUAACAGUUUGAGUGUUGUGGUUUACGGGGUACCCUGACAUUUAAGCAUUUAUUUAUUUUUACUAUAGUUUGUAUUUAUUUGUGUGCUUAGCAACUAGUCUUUGGCAUAGCUAUCGGACCCAGCUAGGUCAAAUGACACUUGCAAAUAUUUUAUACGAAAGUAGUUGAUCUGGUUUAACGGUCAAGCCAGUAGGAGGAAGCUGACAUUUAGCACUGAUUUCACGGAUGCAAUGAAAGCUACCUAUCUGGUCGUGCACACCAGUUCAAAUGAUCAAUUUAUCUGCAUUACCUGUGUAAAUAACUCCAUGCAGUCGGUGUUGUGUGUGUACAGUAUUUUGGGAUGUAUUGUGCUGUGAUUAACCUGCUAUCACCUCAGGUGAAUGUGAUGUUUAUAUUUGUAAAUUCAAAAGCUCAGUGCUAAUAUGCAUUAAAAAGACUUCCAUUUGUACCAUCAA